AUGUAUAGUACAGCAAGUGCACAAACUCCAAAGUCUCAGAAUCACAUCUCAAAUUGGCCACCACCAAUGGCAGAAUUUAAACAAGACAAGACCAAUGUUGCCUCGGGCAUGGCAUUAAACGAUGAUCAAAUCUACCAAUGGAUUACGGAGCUAGUCUCAAGUCCGAAUAGGGAAAAAGCGCUUCUUGAACUAGGUAAAAAGAGAGAACAAUACGAUGACUUGGCUUUGGUCUUGUGGAACUCGUUUGGUGUAAUUACGGUUCUACUAGAGGAAAUUGUUAGCGUCUAUCCUUACCUUGACCCACCAAACUUGAGUGCAUCUGCUUCAAACAGAGUAUGUAAUGCCUUAGCGUUGCUUCAAUGUGUUGCCUCCAAUGUACAAACCCGUGGGCUUUUCCUAAGUGCCAAUUUGCCGUUAUACUUGUAUCCAUUCUUGUCGACAAAUGCUCGACAACGCUCAUUUGAGUAUUUAAGACUCACAAGUUUGGGUGUGAUUGGUGCCUUGGUGAAAAAUGAUACACCCGAAGUUAUCAACUUUUUAUUGACAACAGAGAUUGUGCCGUUGUGCUUGAACAUUAUGGAGAUUUCCUCAGAGUUAUCAAAGACAGUUGCUAUCUUCAUAUUACAGAAGAUAUUACUAGACGACCAAGGACUCAACUAUGUGUGCACAACUUUUGAAAGGUUCCAUACCGUGGCAUCAGUGCUAUCCAAAAUGGUGGAGCAAUUGAGUAGCACGGUGACAGCCAAUGGCCUCGGCAACCAACAUGCGCAGCAAGGAAUACAGGGCCAAACACCACAACCUUCGUCAUCAAAUAGCUCAGGUCGAUUGUUGAAACAUGUUAUUAGGUGUUAUAUGCGGUUAUCGGAUAAUCUUGAAGCGAGAAAAGCGUUGGCAAAUAUCUUACCCGAACCUUUGAGAGAUGGUACAUUUUCUGGAAUAUUGCAUGAUGACGCAGCGACACGAAGAUGUCUACAACAGUUAUUGAGUAACAUCAGCGAAUUAGGUGUAUGA